AUGGAGCAAAACACGAUAAUACCCAGAGGAGAAUACCUUCAAUUGAUAGAAAAUGCCAAAGGUGAUGAGCCCGAAAGUGUCCUAGAUCUACGACUCAAAUUUCUUUCAAUUUACAAAUUUACCACACAGGAAUGGAACAGUUGGUUACAGGAAAUGCAAACCGAAAAUUUUGAGACCGUAGACUUCUACUUUCAAUUAAGGCUGAAAGAUGAUAGUUCUCCUUCUGUUUGGCUCAAGUACAUAGAACUAGCAUCUAACUAUUCAACAUUGGAAGAAAAAGUCACAGAAAUAUUCAACAAAGCGCUAAUCAGCACCCAAUAUCAUUACACAGAAAGUCAAAUUAUAUGGAGCAGCUACUGGAAGUUCAUGUCUGAACAGCAGAAUGUUGGUGCUGAUGUUUUAGACUCUAUUUAUUUACAACGACUUCAAAUUCCUCAUUUUGAUUCUCAAGAAACAUUCAAUCAUUAUUCAGUCUUUGUCACCAAUAACUUCAAGGAGGCCUACGAUUCUAAAAUGAAAUACGCUUCUAAAUUGUUUAACCAGUCAAAGGCAAUUUCAGAUCGUUUGGAAGACUUUGAGCUGAAACUUUUGGAUGCUCAGUUCCAACCAACAUCUAAAUUCUGGAUUGGGUACAUUGACAGUGUGUUCAGAUUGAAAAAGUUCCAGCAUGCCCGAUUGUUGGCAAAAUCAAUAUUUGAACGAGCAACAACUAAUAGAUUUGAUGUUUUGGCCAUUGACAUAUGGAGCCACUAUUUCAAUGUCCUGAAUGAGAAAGAUAUUGCCUUGCAUCCUUCUUCAGUGGAAUCAUUUAUAAGGCAAUUUCCGGAACAUCCGACUCCUUACCAAUACUAUUUUAGUUUAACUUUAGAUGCUCGUUCACUUUUGAAGUUCAGAUCACAAGCCUUUCAGUUUGACAUCUUCACCCCCUCCAAGUUCUUGGAAUGGAAAAACACUGCGUGCUCACUUCUGUGGACUGAACUAGAUGUAUUGCUAAAUUCUGAUUCCAGCUCUAUACCCAUUUUACAAGACCUAUCUAUGUUUUCAGAACUUGCACUGCAAAAUGAUGACGUCCUCCACUCCCUUGAUCGAAGUUGUGUCGAGAUCUAUUCGCUUCUGGAUUUAUUAGACGAAGCAAGAGCGUUAUUGCGCAAGAUGACUGAAAAAUUCCCUUCUCAAGUUGAGAUAUGGCUAUUUUCUUAUCAGUUUGAACGAUCCCAUGACAACUUGACUACUGCCUCAAAAAUCCUUCGUGCUGGAAUAAGUAGAUGGGAUCAACUUGAUUGGCCACAGAGAUUAAUGGAUGAACAGUCUCGCUUCGAAGGUAUAUACAACCACAAGGAUCUGGCUAAAGCGUUUGCAAAAUCAAGCCGAAAGUUACAAGAGUCAUCCGAGCCUAUGGCUUCUCCCAGCAUACAAUCUGAACUUGAAUUAGAGAAUAAUGAAGAAAAGAGUGGGCCACCAAAACGAGCUCUGGAAGAAUCUAUUUAUACACCAUCAAAGAAAUCUAAAAGAGAUAGAGAGAAUUUAUCCGUUUUAGUCACAUCCGGAAACAAACUAGAAGAGCUGUCUGUACGAAACUUAUUUCAAGAUUGUGGAGAAAUUAAAUCCGUUUUUCUGAGAAAUAACUUAGCUACUAUAGAAUUCAGCACAGAGGAUGGCUACCUAGCAGCUUUGACCAAAGAUCAUAAAACAAUAGAUGGUUUUGAAAUCUCUGUGAAUAAACUACUCAGUUCCACAGUUUGGGUAACCAAUUUCCCUCCAGAUCAACUCUCUCAGUCCCUUGAAGACCUUUUCUCCGAAGUGGGUACUGUGCUAAACACACGAUUCCCUUCCUUGAGGUUCAAUACAGAUAGAAGGUUCUGCUAUAUACAGUUUACGUCAGAACAGGCAGCGAUGGAUGCUGUAGCCAAGUUUAAUGGUAAAGUACUUAAGGAUUCGCAGGGAAAAGAAUACCAUCUGGUGGCCAAAAUAUCAAACCCAGAAAAAAGAUCUCAGCGUUCUGAUGAAGGCAGGGAACUUUUUAUCAGAAACCUAGACUUCAAAUUAACCAAAGAAGAUUUGGUACCUCUCUUUGAAAAAUAUGGGCAGAUUGAUAAAAUAUAUGUCCCUUGUGAUAGUGAAACCAAGAAAAAUAACGGAUUUGCAUUCAUCACCUUCAAAGAAAAAGAUGCAGCAGAAUCUGCUUUGGAGUUGAACUCUGUACCAUUACUUGAUCGACCUCUUGAUGUCAGUUUAGCUAAGAAGAAGCCAAAAAAGGUUUCAGUACUUGAAAUGAAUCCUGCACCUAAAAAGAACUCAAAGUUAACAACUAUCGAAGCGUUUGACUUGCCAGAGACUGUUAACAGCUCACAGCUCAUGAAGAUCUUCUCCGCUAUUGGACCUAUCAGUAAGAUUACUUUGAAACCUGAAUCCCAUAGCGCCUUCAUUGCAUAUGAAGAUGUAAAUAAUUCAGGAAGGGCCAUGCUAGUACUGAAUGGCAAACAAGUUGAUGGGUUUACAUUGAAACUUUCCGAAAAAUCUACGCAGCAACAGCCAAGAAAACCCUCUCAAUUUCCAACUUCAUUUAUACCCCCGUCACUUCAGAGACGAAAAGUUUAG